AUGCUAAUUACUGGGGAAGGCUGGCAAGAGGUGGUAGCAGAGGCUGGCACCCCAGAAUUCAGGUUUUCAAAAUCUGAUCUAGGGCUUCUAACAGGUUUAUGGAAAUUGACCAGUCCAAAGGAUCACGUGUUGUCGGCAUCGUCACUCCAGCCUGGGGUCUGUCAUUAUGGAACCAAACUGGUUUGCUGCUAUGGCUGGAGAAGGGGCAGCAUGGGAGUUUGUGAAGCAAGUUGUGAACCUGGAUGCAAGUUUGGUGAGUGUGUGGGACCGAACAAAUGUAGAUGCGUUCCAGGAUACACCAGGAAAACUUGUAGUCAAGAUGUGAAUGAGUGUGGAUUAAAACCCCGGCCGCGCCAACAUAGAUGUGUGAAUACACACGGUAGCUACAAGUGCUUUUGCCUCAGUGGCCAUAUGCUCAUGCCGGAUGCCACGUGUUCCAACUCUAGGACAUGUGCCAUGACAAACUGCCAGUAUGGCUGUAGAGAUACAAAAGAGGGGCAGCACUGUCUGUGUCCAUCCUCGGGAUUCUGCCUGGCCACAAAUGGAAGAUCCAUCCUAGAUACUGAUGAAUGUGCCUCGGAUAAAGCCAUCUGCCCCCACGAUUGAAGAUGUGUGAACACAUUUGGAAGCUACUAUUGGAAAUGUCAUGUUGGUUUUGAACUAAAAUAUCUCAGUGGCCGACAUGACUGUGUAGUUAUCACUGAAAAUUCUGUGAAGGAAUUCCUCAGAGAACCUGGUACUAUCAAAGAAAGAAUCAAGAAGUUGCUUGCUCACAAAAAUAACAUGAAAAAGAAGGUAAAAAUGAAAAACACCACAGAACCUGGGCGGACUCCUGCCCUUAAGGUUGACUCGCAGCCCUUCAACUCUGAAGAGAGCGUUUUCAGAGAUGGGAACCCUCAUGGAGAAAAAAAGAGGGAUGAUUAGAGAAAAAAAGAGGGGCUGGAAGAAGAGAAAAGAGAAGAGAAAGGAAUGGCAAGCCAUGUGCAGGAGGAGCAAAGCCUUCUGGGAGAUGUGUUUUCCCCUAAGGUGAACGAAGCGGGAGAAGUUGAUCUGGUUCUGGUCCAAAGAAGAGCUACAACAUCCCAACUGGAACACAGAGAUUUAAAUAUCUCAGGUGACUGCAGCUUUGACUACGGGGUCUGUGACUGGAAACAGGAUAUAGAAGAUGAUUUCGUCUGGAAUCCUGCUGACCGAGAUAAUACUGUUAGCUACUAUAUGGCAGUUCCAGUACUGGCAGGUCAGAAGAAGGACAUCGGCCGUUUGAAACUUGUCCUACCUAACCUGCAGCCCCAAAGCAACUUCUGUUUGCUCUUUCAUUACUGGCUGGCUGGAAACAAAGUAGGGAAACUUCGAGUGUUUGUGAAAAAUAGUAAUAAUGCCCUGGCAUGGGAGAAGACCAGGAGCAUGGAUGAAUGAUGGAAGAUGGGGAAAAUUCAGCUGUAUCAAGGGAUUGAUAUUCCCAAAAGCAUGAUUUGGGAAUCAGAACGUGGUAAGGGCAAAACUGGAGAAAUUGCGGUGGAUGGCAUCUUGCUGGUUUCAGGCUUAUGUCCAGAUGGCCUUUUAUCUGUUUCAGGCUUAUGUCCAGAUGGCCUUUUAUCUGUGGAUGAUUGA